AUGGUGCACCUCGCCAGUGUAACGCCCGACCCGCACAAGGGCGAGGACUUCGAUGCUCCUAAACGCAGAACCUCCAUGGUUCCUGGCCUCGAACACAUUGCUCUCGAACCUCCCGGAGAGGAUGAGUUCUCCACGUCCGUCUACGGUUCGCGUUUCGCAGCCCAAGAUCUACCCUCCCAUGAAAUGCCUGAAAGAGAAAUGCCCAAGGAAGUUGCAUAUCGUAUGAUCAAAGACGAGCUCAGUCUCGAUGGAAACCCUAUGCUGAACCUGGCCAGUUUUGUCACCACAUUCAUGGAAGACGAGGCUGAAAAGCUCAUGACCGAAGCAUUCUCGAAGAACUUCAUUGACUAUGAGGAAUACCCACAGACCGCCGAAAUCCAAAACCGUUGUGUCAAUAUGAUCGCUCGACUGUACAACGCACCGGAGUCUGAAGACGGGUCGAACGCAAUGGGCACUUCUACCCUCGGUUCGAGUGAGGCAAUCAUGCUGGCUGUGCUGGCCAUGAAGAGAAGAUGGGCCAAUAAGCGCAAGGCGGAGGGCAAAGACGCCUUCAAGCCCAACAUCAUCAUGAACAGUGCGGUGCAGGUAUGCUGGGAAAAGGCUGCCCGUUAUUUUGAUGUGGAGGAGAAAUACGUCUACUGCACCAAGGAUCGGUACGUCAUCGAUCCAGAAGAAGCCGUCAAUCUGAUCGAUGAAAACACCAUCGGUAUCUGUGCCAUCGUGGGGUUGACAUACACUGGCGAGUACGAGGAUGUUCAAAUGAUCAACGACCUCCUAGUCGAGAAGAACAUCGACUGUCCCAUCCAUGUUGAUGCUGCUUCUGGUGGGUUUGUGACACCGUUUGUCAAUCCGGAUCUCGUCUGGGAUUUCCGGCUCGAAAAGGUAGUGAGUAUCAACGUCUCGGGCCACAAGUAUGGUUUGGUAUACCCCGGUGUGGGUUGGGUCGUUUGGAGGUCGCCAGAGUUUCUGCCCAAGGAACUCGUCUUCAACAUUAAUUACCUAGGAGCCGAUCAAGCUUCCUUCACCCUGAACUUCAGCAAAGGUGCAAGCCAUGUCAUCGCUCAGUACUAUCAGAUGAUCCGACUGGGAAAGCGUGGAUACCGCAGUAUCAUGUUCAACCUGACCCGCACGUCCGACUACCUUGCCGCACAGCUCCGGGCCUUGGGCUUCGUCAUCAUGUCACCUGGUGGUGGUCGAUCACUACCUGUGGUCGCUUUCCGACUGAACUCUGAGGAUGAUCAUCUUUAUGACGAGUUCACUAUUGCCCAUCAGCUACGCGAACGCGGUUGGGUGGUCCCGGCCUAUACGAUGGCACCGCAUAGUGAACAGCUCAAGUUGAUGCGUGUGGUUGUCCGUGAGGAUUUCAGCAAGGCCCGGUGCGAUAGUCUUGUCAAUGACAUCAAGAUGGCUCUACAACUGCUCGGUGAGAUGGACCGCAAGACCAUAGAGCGCUACCAAGAGCAUGUCAAGAAACACAGUCGAACAGGCAAGGCGGGUGUCAACAUUGCACAUUACAAGCAUGAGAAGCAUUCGCUCCAAGGCAAACACGGCAAGACACAUCCUAUUUGCUAG